AGUCAUAAAUAAAAACAAACAAAAAUUUCCCAAUCCCACGGUAUUAAAAAUUGAAUUAAAAUGUCUUAUAAUCCCUACCAAUUCCAAUCCGGAGGCUAUGGAGGUUACGCUCCGCCCGCCCCAACUGGCGUAAGUCCCGAAACGCAGCGCAUGUUUGACCUCGUCGACAAAGAUCGUUCCGGCAAAAUCAACGCUGCCGAGCUAAAAGCUGCUCUCAUCAACGGACGAGGCGAAAAUUUCUCCGAUACUGCGUGCAACUUGAUGAUUGGCAUGUUUGACGCGGAUCGCAGCGGAACAAUUGACGUUAUGGAGUUCGAAAAGCUCUUUGCUUACAUCAAUCAGUGGUUGAGUGUUUUCAAGACGUACGAUCGCGAUCAAAGCGGACACAUUGACGAAGGAGAAUUAUUUCAAGCCUUGACUCAGAUGGGAUUUCGCUUCUCACAGGACUUUGUGAAAUUCUUGGUUGGCAAAUGCGAUCCGAAAACGCAUAAUGAAGUGUCGGUUGAUCAAUUUAUUGUCUUGUGUGUGCAAAUUCAACGCUUCACAGAUGCAUUUAGACAACGCGACACCCAACAAAAUGGAACAAUAACAAUCGGUUUUGAAGAUUUUUUGACAGUUGCCUUAAGUGCCUCGUCCUAAAAUGGAUAUUAAAUGAUAUUAGAAGC